GGCCGGGGGUCGACAACCCUGCUAGAAAGCGACAGACGCAAUAUGGUGAACGCGACUACUCGGUUAGGAACGGUCGGAAGAAGAAUUAUUUGUGACACUGUGAUGGAGGAGGUUGUUGGAGGCACCACGAUCAAAGCAGAGCCUGAGAUCGGAGAACCGGAGAAAGUGUACGGGAGGCCUAGGGAAGAGGAGCCUACGGACAAGGUCACUGCUACCAAGAAGAAAUUUAGAUAUCAAAUCCCGAUCCUAAUCAUGCCAGAGAUCGACAGCACCCUUAGCAAAUUACUAGGAACCAUGGUAUCAGUGUCCUUUCAGACCAUGUUGCAAGCAAGCCCCAGACUGCUCAAGGGGCUUAGACAACUACUGACUCGACAGCGAGUGGAGAUAAAUGAAAAUUCGGAGUCACAAGAAGAGGAAAAGGAGGAGGAAGCUCCGCAAGAAGUCGCUAAUCUUCAAAGGAGUCCUGAAGAUUUGAAGGAUUUAGAAAAGGUCUUCGGGGAUAUUCACUUGAGCAUGCCGGACCGCGAAGGCGGGGCAGUCAUGAAGGCUCCAUCUGGGACGAAGCUUAGUUUCCAUGCGUUGCCCUUAGAGAAGUUAAGGGUGCAGAUCGGGACAUAUCAUACAGACGUCCUAGUAGACGGAGGUGCGGAAAUCACACUCAUAAGGAGAGAUUUCGCAAUAAUUACCGGCUGUGUGGUUAACAAGGAAGUAAUGGGGAGCAUCCGAGGGGCUGGUGGCGAGAUCCCGUUUUCAGGAUACGUCACCAAAUGUGCGGUCAAGGCAGGCAUCCGAGAGUCGAUUUUGUCAUUUCAACGGAUGACCAUGUUAGACGAGAUGGACCACGACAUAAUCCACGGGAGGCCAUGGUGCGCCAAUGUAGAAAUGAUAGGGAUGCAUCUGCAUGAUGGCACAUACAUGGUGGACUUAGAGGAUCCAGUAACUGGUCGUGGGGAGCUCCUCCGACUCAUCGGGACCGGAGGGGACCCUCCUAAAGGCAAGUUGGCAACAUGGUCGCCGACAUUUGAAGAUAGCGCUCGGAAGGGGGCUUUUGCGCGAAUGGAAGGUAUGGUCGCCACCGACGCCACGUACUGUGAGACCUGUCUGAUCUGCCAGGAACGGAGCUUGGCUCGCAUCUUCGAGCCACUUAGACCAACACGGGUGUUGGGGCCGGGACACCUGGUUCACCUUGACCUUGCAGUUAUGCCUGUAUCAACGGAUGGAUAUAGGUAUAUCCUGGAUGCGCGGGACAGCUUGAGUGGGUUCGUAGAGGCAGUCCCCAUCAAGAAAAAGACAGGGAAAAACGUAGCAAAUUGGAUAGAGGAUUUCUACCUGAGGCAUCCCUUCGUCAGGAGGUUUAUAGCAGACAAUGGAAUGGAGUUUGUGAACGAAGAAGUAUUGGGAAUGCUUAAAAGGUUCUGUGUACCUAUCAAACUCAUCGAGCCGUAUCACCCGGAGGCCAAUGCACUUGUGGAAAGGGGGCACCGGACCUUAAAGAACACAAUUGCGAAGCUCGCGGCGGGCAAUCUGGGGAGUUGGCCUAGGUAUCUUAAGCAGGUUGUCUUCUCGGAGAACAUGACACCUAAGAGGACAAUGGGACGUAUCUCAGCAGAACUCUGGUACGGAAGAGAGAUCGAUUUUCCCAUGGAAGUCUUGAUACCUACCUAGAACAGGUUAGAUGACGAUCCGCGUAUGACCACGGAAGAAUUAAUUGAGGCGGGAUGUCAACAAGUCCUUAGAAAUGAGAAGG